AGCACGUCGCCCAGCCCGCGCUCGCAGUCGCCGGCCGCGCCCAGCACCGCGUCCCGCCUGCUGCCCCCCUCGCUGCGCGCUGGCUACCGCCCGAGCCUGCAGGAGGAGAUGCACGCCCCGGCGAACGGCGCCCCCAAGAUCAUGCGCUCGGCGCCCACCGGCUCGCCGCUGUCCGCCCAGGAGCCCAGCGAGUUCCCCUUCCACAGCCCGCCCGCGUCCGCGCAGCCCGCCGCGCCCGAGACCUUCGAUGCCGUCGACUACGCCGUGUCGCGCGUGCCCAAGCCGGCGUCGCACGCCUCCAAUGCCAGCACGAGCUCCUACUACCCGCCCUUCGCCCCCAUCUCGCGCAUACCCACCGCCGAGGGCGAGCCCGCCGACGCCAACGCCCCCAAGGAGCGCAAGAGCGUGCAGUUCGCCCGCUCCGCCACCUACGGCUCCGACCCGCCCCAGGCCGGCUCGCGCCAGCAGUCGUGGGACACCGAGGACAAGGCCAAGGGCAAGCCCAAGGAGGACUCGUCGCUGAUGGGCAAGCUGCGCGCCCUGGCCGCCCCCAUGCAGGGCCACGGCCGCAACAACAGCGCCACCACCGCCCCGACCGCCACCGCCUCGCCGCCGUCGCAGUCGCCCUACGGCCCGCUGACCCCGGCCAACGAGCGCGACGAAUUCCGCUUCGACGGCCACCACGACAGCGAGGCCGACGCCGACGCCGAGUCCAGCGCCGGCGAGGGUGUCGCGCGGCCCGCCCACAAGCGCAAGCGCAGCCGCCGCUGGUUCGAGGGCGACAGCGGCGACGGCGUGCAGACCGCGCCCACCACCCCCCGCGGCGCCAGCUACUUCUCGCGCGACUCGCCCACCGGCACGCCCGGCUCCACCACCCGCCCGGGCAUCCUGCGCAAGGGCACCAUGACCGACAUCCCCGAGAACGAGCGCCAGGGCUACUCCGAGGACGAGGGGCGCUCGCGCAUGGGCAAGGAGAGCGCCUGGGCCCGCGGCCUGCACAGUGCGCGCGGGCUGUCGUAUGGCGGCCGCCGCAGACACGACCCCAACGCAGAAGAGGGCGACCCGUCCAGCGACCGCCGUCCACCAUGGCGCAUGCGCAGCGAGCGCACCUCAAGCCUGAGCGCCCAGAAGUGGAAGGCCAUCAAGAACGGCCUCAAGCUGCUCGGCAACCGGGCCAAGGCAGAGCGCCAGGUCGACCAUGCCAAGUCGGCCGAGCUGAUGGCCGAGCUGCUCGCCGGCGCCCCUGCGGCCCUCUUCCUCGCCAGCAUGUUCCAGCGCGACGAGCACGGCCACAAGCGCAUCCCCGUCCUGCUCGAGCAGCUCAAGGUCACCAUCACCGACGCCGACAAGACCAAGGACAAGGAGGGCGACCGGCACACCGCCCUGCGUAUUGAGCUCGAAUAUGGCAGCGGCUCGACCCGCAUGAAGUGGAUCGUGUACCGCACUGUCGCCGACUUUGCCAACCUGCAUCUCAAGUUCAAGGUCCAGGAGAAGCAGGACUCGUUCCGCAGCCGCGUCUCGACCCUCGACAAGGACGACCCGCGAGGCAAGCUGCCGCGCUUCCCACGCAGUGUCGUGCCCUAUCUCCGAGGCAUCCGCGGCUACGGCGCGCUGGAUGAGGAGGAGGAGGAUGAAGAGGAAGUCGCAGUCGGCGGUGCAGCCACCGACGGCGAUGCGAGCGCCACAGACCGCCCGUCACGGGGCAAGCGGCGCAAGUCGUCCUUCACCAUGCACCGCCGGAAGUCGAGCAUCGGCAGUCCAGACGCAACUCCAGGGGUUGUGGGCCAGCUCGCAGCGCGCCAGGGCAGCUUUGCGGGAGCCGUCGGCCAGCCCCUGAACUCCAAGCAGAACCACCACGAGCGACAGCGGAAGAAGCUCGAGCAGUAUGUCAAGGGGCUGAUCCAGUAUCUCAUCUUCCGACCGGAUAGCAACCGCCUCUGCAAGUUCUUGGAGCUGUCGGCGCUGGGCGUGCGUCUGGCUGCCGAGGGCGGCUACCACGGCAAGGAAGGCCAUCUGAUGAUCAAGUCCUCCAAGGGCGUCGACGCCCGGAAGCGAUGGACGCCCAUGCCCAUGAUGAGCCGACACUGGCCGAAGUGGUUUUUGGUCAGACACAGCUACAUCGUGUGUGUGGACUCGCCCGAGGAGAUGAACGUGUAUGAUGUCUUCCUGGUCGACUCCAACUUCAAGCUCGAGUCCAAGACGUCGGGCAAGAACAAAGACAAGAAAGCCCGCAAAGUCGCAAGCGAGGCCAAAGCAUCGGCGACCGGCCACCAUCAGCUGAAGCUCGUCAACUCCGAGCGCAAGAUGAAGCUCUUGGCCAGGAACGACAAGAUGCUCUCGCAGUUUGAGGAGUCCAUCACAUUCAUGAUGCAAAACACGCUCUGGUCGGAACGCCAGCGGUUUGACAGCUUCGCCCCCGUGCGCAAGAAGAUCUACGCACAGUGGCUUGUUGAUGGGCGCGACUACAUGUGGAACGUCUCCCGCGCCAUCAGCAUGGCCCGCGACGUCAUCUACAUCCACGACUGGUGGCUGAGUCCGGAGCUGUAUCUGCGACGCCCGGCCGCCAUCAGCCAAAAGUGGCGCCUCGACCGCCUGCUUCAGCGCAAGGCGCAGGAGGGCGUGAAGAUCUUCAUCAUUAUGUACCGCAACAUCGGCGCCGCUAUCCCCAUUGACUCCGAGUACUCCAAGUUCUCGCUUCUCGAUCUCCACCCCAACGUCUUCGUUCAGCGGUCGCCGAACCAGAUUCGCCAGAACACCUUCUUCUGGUCCCAUCACGAGAAGAUUUGCGUCAUCGACCACACCAUCGCCUUUAUGGGAGGUGUUGACUUGUGCUUUGGUCGUUGGGACACUCCGCAGCACGUUGUCGUCGACGACAAGCUGACCGGUUUCGAGCUGGACAACAACGCCCCCAAAGACGCUGAUCACUGCCAGCUCUGGCCUGGAAAGGACUACUCCAACCCCCGAGUGCAGGACUUCUUCGCUCUGGACAAGCCCUACGAGGAGAUGUACGACCGCAGCAAGGUCCCGCGAAUGCCCUGGCACGACAUCGGCAUGCAGAUUGUGGGCCAGCCCGCGCGUGAUCUCACCCGCCACUUCGUCCAGCGCUGGAACUACCUCCUCCGCCAACGCAAGCCGUCCCGCCCCACUCCGUUCCUGCUUCCUCCGCCCGACUUCAACCCCGCCGACAUCGAGGCGCUCGGUCUCGAGGGUACGUGCGAAGUGCAGAUCCUGCGCUCUGCGUGUGCGUGGUCGUUGGGCACACCGAACAAGGUCGAGCACAGCAUCAUGAACGCGUACGUCCAGAUGAUUGCAACAUCCGAGCACUUUGUGUACAUUGAGAACCAGUUCUACAUCAGCAGCGGCGAGGUGCUGGGUACCAAGAUUGAGAACAAGAUCAACGACGCUAUUGUUGACCGCAUCAAGCGCGCGCACGCCAACGACGAGGACUGGCGCGCCUGCAUCAUGCUUCCCCUGAUGCCCGGAUAUCAAAAUACUGUCGAUGAGCAAGACGGUAGUAGUGUCCGUCUCAUCAUGACAUGUCAGUACCACAGCAUCUGUCGUGGCCCGGGCUCGAUCUUCGGCCGUCUGCGCGCCGCUGGUAUUGAGCCCGAGGACUACAUCCAGUUCUACGCUCUGCGAUCCUGGGGCGAGAUUGGGCCUACCAAGAUGCUCGUCACAGAGCAGCUGUACAUUCACGCCAAGAUUAUGGUGGUUGAUGACCGCGUCGCCAUCAUCGGCUCUGCCAACAUCAACGAGCGCUCUAUGCUGGGCUCGCGCGACUCCGAGGUGGCCGCCGUCAUCCGCGAUACUGAAGUGCUCGACUCGUACAUGGCCGGCCAGCCGUACAAGGUCGGCAAGUUCCCCCACACCCUACGCAUGCGCCUGAUGCGCGAGCACUUGGGCGUUGACGUGGACCACAUCUCCGAGGAGGAGUGGGCUAGCCAGAUGUCGGAUGCCGAUAGUACUGCUUUCCAGACAGAGUCGUCGGGCCCCGGCUCUCCCACUGCCGACCGCGCUACCGAGCAGAAGCUCUCCGCGAACCAUGCCCGUGCGCAGGAGGAGCUGAUCGAGCGCGCGGAGAGGCUGCACAGCUUCAACCACGACUUUGACUGGGCACAGGACACCAACCCUCACCUCCAGUCCAGCAAAAAGCCGUCGUCCGAUCCCCGCGUCACCAAGAACGAUGCACACGAGAAGGAUGUCCGUGGCGAAGGCGUGGAUCACUUCCGGGACAUGGAAGCCCGCGAGCCCAGCCUGACGCGCGGCCGUGACACGUUCCUCGACCCCCAUGGCAAUGAGAAGCUGCUGUCUGAUGCUGCGCCGGAGGGCCUUGCCAACAAGGAGACGGCGAAGAGACACUCGACGGUCAAGGGUCGCGGCCGUAGCAACACCACUGGAACCAGAGCUAGCGCAAGCAGCGGAGGCCAGGAAGGCUAUGCCGGUCUCCCGCCCCCGAGGCUGCCUCGCAUGGACACAGCCAAGCUGGGGCUGACACAGCUCAGCCAAUUGCCUGCCCUGCCGCUGAUGGACGACACCGACAUCGGUGGGCCGCCGCUGCAGCGCACCUACAGCGGCGCCUCGUCGACCGUCAUCAACCCGCUGCUCGCGGAGAUGCGACGCCCCAUCGUCACGGAGGACUGCAUGCGCGACCCCAUCAACGACUCGUUCUUCCUCGACACCUGGCACCAGGUCGCCGAGAACAACACAAAGCUGUUCCGCCAGGUGUUCCGCUGCCAGCCCGACAACGAGGUCAAGACAUGGAAGGAGUACCAGGAGUACACCAACUUCGCAGCCCGCUUCACGCAAAUGCAAGGCGGCGGCAAGCCCCAAAACCAGCGCGCGCAGGAAGCCCCCGGCAAAACAGGGCCCCCCGGCACCGGCAUGACAGAGAAAAUGGGCCACAUGGGCAAGCAAGUCAGCGCGCUGGGCGAAAAGCUAUCCGAAAAAGUCACCAACGCCGACGCGCCGUCGAAAAACGGCGCCGUCGAGCAGUGGGCCCACGAGCAGGAAAAACGCAUCCACGCGCUCGCCCUCGACACGCACUCCACCACCCCGCCCCGCCCCGCCGACGACGCCGUCGUCUCCCCGCUCGCCCCCUCGCCCCCCUCCGCCACCACCCCGUUCCCCCCCGCGCCCCCCGUCCCCUCCACCCCCCCGCUCCCCGCCGACCGCCCCCGCAACGUCACCAUCACCGAGCCGCCCAAAUUCAGCACCCACCGCGCAACAACCGCGUCGAAGCGCUCGCGCCGCCGCGCCACGACCAAGAGCUCCACGCGCGCGUUCCACGCCGCAGAUGCGGAGAGCAUGUUGCCCAAGGAAGACGCGAAGAUGCUGAUGGAUCUCGUCCAGGGCCAUUUGGUGCUGUGGCCGUAUGAGUGGCUGGAGAAGGAGGAGAAUGGGGGGGGUUGGUUGUAUAAUGUGGAUCAGAUUGCGCCGUUGGAGAUUUAUAAUUAACGGACGACGACGCGGACGACGGGAUAGAGAGAUGGAGAGACGGGGAGACGCGCGUUGGCGCGCUGCGGGAGGAGUCCCUUCGGCGCACGAGGUUUCGCGCCGCGUUGCAUUGUGUUGUGUUUCAUCGCCUUGCACUACAUCGCCUUGCCAUUGCAUCGCCUUGCCAUUGCAUUUCUCCGCGUUGCAUAGCUGGCGUCCAGGCGCUUCAAUCUUUGGAUAUUGGGGUUUCUUGCUGCGCGUGCACUGCCGAGUCGGUGGGCGCUGUACUGUAUUGUAUUUGUAUUCUAGAGGAGGAGUGUAGGGAGAGUAGGGGGUGUAAGAGGCGCGGGGGAGGCGUGUAAUGUGCAGAACAGAGAGCGGGGAGCAGAGCGUGGGGAGCAGAGCGUAGAGAAUGGAGUAGCAAGCAGAGCGUAGAGUAGCCUGGAAUACACACCAUCGAAGCCAC